ACUCCAGGACCUAUUGUGCAAUAUACUGGGCCCAAUGGUGAAACUUCAGAAAUAACCACUACAGAAUCCUCUUUGGAACCAACUCCUCACACAAAGACCAGAUCAGUUCCACCUGCCCUCGCCGGGCCACCACCUUCAGGGCACUGCGUGAUUUCACAAAGAACCUCAACAAGACCUGAGAAAUCUAAGAUAAGACAAGAAGACUCAACACAUGUAGCAGUACCUAUCAUUACCCCAAUACCUAUUGUAAUUGGUCCAGUAUCAGCUGUGGACAGUUCUGGAAAAAUCAAUUACAUGGAAGCAGAAUUUGCAAAAAAAUCAGAUUUCGAGGCCCAGAUUCUAAAAAAUGGAGGCACUACAAAGUCUGAGAACAGCCAAGAAGAAAACAAGAAAACAUUAAAGAAGGAAGUCCUAUUUACAGAUUCUGAUAAAUCCCUGACCUCGAGGCACAAAACAGAGUCAAAAAGCAAAGCAAAAGGCAUCGAGUUGGAGGAAGGUGAGAGAGGUAUGGAGGUGGAGGAAAAGGAGAUCGACACCAAGAUACUAGGAGAGGAAGCCCAAGUAAAGUGGAGUGAGUCCAGAAUACCACAAGAGCAGGAGGCCCAAGUACAGAUGAAUGACACCGGGAUACCACAGGGACAGGGGUUUCUUGUAAAGAAGAGUGAGUCCAGCAUCCAAGAACAGGGGUCUCAAGUAGAGAAGACUGAAUCUGGAAUUCCACAAGCACAAGAGACCCAAGUAAGGAAAGACAGUUUUGAGAGUAAAGGAAAGCAGGGCAAACACAAGGGAGACACAAGAAAGCAGAAAGAUACAGAAGAAAUUAAUACAAUGAAGAAAAGUGAUGAAGAAAAGCACAAAGUUAAAGGAAAGAAAGAAUCAAAAGCCCAGGGUAAAAAAACAGAAGACUCAGGAAGGGGCAAAGGCAAGUAAAGGAAGGAAGCACAACAAAAAAGUAGAAAAAGGAAGGGUAAAUAAAAGGAAGGCUCAGAAGUCAGCUGAUCAUUAUGAUUCCCAUCCUCCAAAUACAAGUCAUAACCCAGUUAUUGCCUAAAUGGAUCAUAAUUCUAGAACCCCUUGAACUCAUACAUGUCCGGAGUGUCUACUGCAGUUCUUUCACCAUUUUUAGUCCUCUCAACCACAAAUCUCAGCUUCCAAUUCUCUGUUUUCUAAGUUGAUACUUAUGAUUCUGUCAAGAAAGAUUAGACACUUUCUGAAAUAAACAUUUUGAUUA